UCUUACGGCCAUCAAACCAAAAUUCUCAUUUUCCCUCUCUCUUUCCAUAAGCUUCCAAGUCUUCAUCCACUCAUGGAGAACCUGAAGAAGUCGGUGAUCAAAAUCGCUUACAGCAGAGACCAUACUGACCUCUCUCAUUUGCAUCGCUCUUUCAUCCCCUUCCUCUACAUGGCGUCUUCUCUCUACAAGCUCGCUCUCUCCCUUCGUCACCGUUUCUACCUCUACGGCAUACUCCGCAAGCAUCGGUUGCCAGUGCCAGUUAUUAGUGUUGGGAAUUUGACUUGGGGAGGCAAUGGGAAAACACCAAUGGUCGAGUUCAUUGCCUUAUGGCUUGCGGCCUCUGGGAUUUCACCUCUAAUUCUUAAUAGGGGCUAUGCUGGUGGAGAUGAAGCUAAAAUGCUUAGGAGGCAUCUUGCUGGGAGUUCCGUUAAAGUAGGUGUUGGAGCAGAUAGGAGAGCUACUGCUGCUUGGUUUUUUAACAAAUAUGGUUAUGUUGAAUCUCAAAGCAGCACGUUGGCUGAGAAAUAUUGCUUAAAACAAAUGGGAAAUCUUCCUAAAUCUGAAAAAAUUGGUGCUGUUAUUCUUGAUGAUGGGAUGCAGCACUGGAGUUUGCACCAUGACUUGGAGAUUGUUAUGUUCAAUGGGAUAACAUUGUUGGGAAAUGGGCAAUUAUUACCACUUGGACCUUUAAGAGAAACAUUAGAUGCACUCAAGAGGGCCGACGUUGCCAUUAUUCAUCAUGCUAAUCUGGUUUCAGCACAAAAUAUUGAAGAUAUUGUGACAAGGUUGCGGAAAAUUAAGGAUUCGCUUACUGUAGUGUUUACUGAAAUGUGUCCUGCAUAUUUCUUUGAAGUGACAACUAUCAACUCCAAAAUAUCAUUGGAAACAUUGUCUAAGAAUGUAGUAGUAUGUGUUUCCGCCAUUGGCUCUGCUGAUGCUUUUGUGCAGACAAUGCAAAAGAUUGGAGCAUAUCAUGUUGAUCGACUCGACUUCAGUGACCAUCACGUCUUUCAAGACAGGGAUAUGGCACUGAUCAAAGUGAAGCUUGAGGAAUUGGAGAAGAAAUUUGCUUCCAAGCCCGUCGUUGUUGUUACGGAAAAGGAUUAUGAUCGGGAUCCUAUGAUAUUCAAGUGCUUGCAUCCAUACCGUGUUUUGGCUCUCUGUUCUCACCUGCAAAUCACACGCAGCAAUGGUUGCAGUGAGGAUAGCUUCAAGAAGAUGUUGGAGUUGACGGUAGGAAUAGAACUCUCUUCUUUAAUGAGGUAUUCUUAGCUCAAAUCUGCAGUGGAGGUUAGAUCUUUAGACCAUCAUCUAUGUGAUGAUGUUCAUGCUAGAUGUAUUGAGCAAAAUCAUGUGCAGUUUUUUGUUUUCUUUCAGAUUUCCGUAUAUGAUUAUUGCAUGUGAAGAUCUCAUAUGUUGAACCCCUUUUUGACUGCAAUUUUUGUACAAUAGUUGUAUGUAUGAGGUGUGGAAGUAAAAUGCAUUCCACCUUCUUUUCUUAAAUUUCAAACUGUACUUUUUUUUCUUCAUAACUAUCGUAAUAAAUUUUAUAUUCGCAUA